AAGCCUGCAGACCAGGAUCACCCGACAUAGGAACAGUUUCUUUCCCCUCACCAUCUCCCUCUUAAACAGUUGAACUGUCACACUGCUCACGCUGCCAGACUUCAACUGCACCUUAUGUACAUUCUGUAGUAUUCAUUCCAUUUCAUUUUAUCCUGUAUUUUAUGUGUAUAAAAUUUAGAUGCUGUGAUUUCAAUAUUAAUUUUAAAAAAAAUGACCACUGAGGGUGGCACAGUGGUGCAGUGUUUAGUAUUGUUGUCUCACGUCAAGGAGGUUCUGGUUUACACUUCCUGGUUGGCUGAGGCCUUACUGCGUGAGGUUUGCUUGUUUUCCCUGUACCUGCGUAGGUUCAAAAUCCUUAAAGCAACUUUGUUUACUAAUCCUGCCCUUCAUGCCCCUCCCUCCUAAAUAUACAACUACUUAAGGGCACUUGGAAGGGUCCCAAUGAGAUUAAAUGGAUAAAAUCCCUGCUGCUUGUCCUGAUCUUCUGGUCGUAAAGUCCAAUGUGUUGUCUUUGCUGUAACAAACAGAGGAAAUUCCUUCUGUCCCCUGACUUCCAGGAGUCACCAUAUCAGCCACAGCUGAGCCAUCAAACAGGAAAACCCCGUUUCCCCUGAGAUGUCAGAAGUGGCUGCAGGAUCAGAUAUUCGUGGAUUUACCAUGUGUUGAUUACACCCCUUUCAAGUCUUUCUUUUAAUGGUUGUUUUCCUCUUUUUGUUCUGUUGCAUUUCCUGUCUUGGACCACAGCUGAUAUGGCUUGCUCAGAGAACGCUCAGCUGCAAACAUGUUUGCAGAGCUCCUGCUAUAGUGUCAGCUCUCUCUCAAAGUGCACAAAGGAUAAUAAAACAUUCCCAUUUUCUCAGGAAAAAACAGCCAAAGCGUGGAGCUCACUGAAGAAUCUGGACUAUCCUGGGAUUAAAGAUGACUGCCCUAAAGGUGAGAAGACACCCAAACCCCAGCAAAACAUGAACUUAAAUGUAGGAGGGAAAGUGUUUUACAUUCCAAGAAUGUGUGCAGUUAGAUAUCCUAACACUCGAAUAGGUUCCUUAGCUCUCUGCCGGGACCAGGCAAAACUCCUCACCCUCUGUGAUGACUACUCUGUGUGCAGCAACGAGUUCUUCUUUGACCGGGAUCCUGCCUUCUUUCACCACAUCUGCCAUUUCUAUGCAACCGGAGUGCUUUGGAUCAUAGUGGAAAUGUGUCCCAUCAGCUUUGAGGAAGAAAUUGCAUACUGGGGCCUGAGCCUGAAGGACACACAGCUCUGCUGUUGGAUGGUGUUUCAGGAGAAGGUAGAUGAGUUGAAGGAGAACCUGAAGGUGGAAAGAGAACUAAUGGCUGAGGUCGAGGUAAAGUACAAUGAUGAGUAUUUCAAGGACAUGAUGUUUGGGGACGUUCGGAUGACUAUGUGGAACAUUGUGGAGAAUCCGUACUCGUCAACUCUUGCGAAGACUUUCACGCUGCUCUCUAACCUUUUCGUGCUCUUGUCCAUCGCUUCAAUGUGUCUCAACACUGUGGAAGAACUACAGUCGUACAGAAUCGAUGACAAAACCUACAUGGAGUGGGGAGAGAUCGUCACCAUUGUGUUCUUCACCUUUGAGUAUUUGAUUCGUCUCAUCACCACUCCUGACAUUGUAUUAUUUUUGAAGAGCGGACUUAACUUUGUGGACAUGGUUUCAGUCAUGCCUUAUUUUGUCCAGAUCAUCUUUGAAGCCUUUACUGACUCCGAGGAUGUGAGUGCACAGGAAGACCUCAGGGCCAUGGCCCGGGUCAGUAAGCUCAGCCACGUCCUCAAAAUUGUCAAGUUGCUGCGGAUCUUUCGGAUUUUGAAGCUAGCCCGCCACUCGACCGGCAUGAGGGCCUUUGCAUUUACUCUGCGGAGGUGCUACCAGGAGGCCUAUUGCAUUUUUCUCUUUAUCGCCUUGGGAAUCUUCACAUUCUCUGCUCUUCUGCAUUCAGCAGAAAGGGAAACCGAAGGCUCUCCCAUCAGCAGUAUCCCGUACGCCUGGUGGUGGGCAGCAGUCAGUAUCUCCACUGUGGGCUACGGGGAUGUGGUUCCUGUAACUAUCCUGGGCCGCAUCGUGGCCUUUGGAUGCAUUACUUUUGGGAUAAUCCUCAACGGCAUGCCGAUUUCUUUCCUGUUUAACAAGUUCUCUGAUUACUACAGCAAACUAAAGACCCAAGCUUACAAUUCUACCUCAGUCCAGCGCCGCUUUCAGCUUAAGAAGAGACUCAAGCGUAAAAUGGAUGCAUGGUUCCAUCCCUUUGAAGAAGAUGACACCACAGCCCAAUCCCCACGCUAAGUGCAUCUCAUACAUGACCACUGUGUACUGUGAACGUGCUGCAGCCUCAAGCUGCCUUCAAAAAUUAAAAUGUGGUGCAAAAAAAUUUAACCUAGCACAUGUGAACGAGGGCAGGAAGAGGAAGUGGAAAGUUUCUUUGUACUGAUGCAAUUUCAGGCCUGGUAGUUUCACAACUACCACAUGCACCACUGUUUCUUUUUCAUUGUGUAUGUAUCUUGUAUGUAAGUAAUUCAUGCGAUUGAAAAGGAGCCUGGAUGUCCAACCCAGGUAUUUUAACCUCAGGUGAAUCCAUCGUGAUGCUUAUCUUCCACCUGACACCAGUGAAUUAUAAAUAAUGAAUGCCUGCCAAUGACACCUUCUUUUUUAAGCAUGUGUCACAUGCGACUGUGACAUACCAAACAGGGCUAAAAGGGGUUUCUGGUUACCAUAUAGGUUACACUGUAGAUUUCCCCGCUAAAGCAAAAUUGUACUAAGGAAUAAUGACCUUGACACGAUGUUUUGGUGAAGGUCAAAUUAAACAUUUCUGGAUAAAAUGUGAGCAGGUUUUGACAUGUGCCAAGAGGAAAAUGUAUUCUCUCUGUUCCCAAAUGACUUGGGAUUAAUAAAAACAAAUGAAUACAACAAAACUUGCAUCUAUUAUGUUGCAGUAUGUUAGCCUCAAAGGUUAAGUAAUAAAUUACCAACAAUUUUUAAAAACUGUCCUUAAAAUAGAUGUUUAUUGAAAGAGAGUUGCAUUUUCUAUGCAGUUUCUUUACACUCAUGUCACUGCUUGAUGCCUGAUAAAAGAAAAUGUUUAUAUGGCCUUAUCUGAGCUCUGUACCAGGAAAAUAAAAGGUCAUUUUCACAUUUAAUGUCUGGGGGGAGGACUUCACAACAGUUCCUGUCAUUAGACUGGUGCUCCCAGUUCUUCACAGUGUUUACUGUAAACAUUUCUAUAUGUCACUUUUAUUUUGCCUUGUGUGUCCUGUGGAAAUUCCAUUUUUUUAAAGUCUUGAUGCAUGCUCAAUCAUAGCAAGUAAAAUAGUAAAAGAUAUAACAGCAAUGGGCUGUGAGAUCAGUUUCAAAUGCGUCCUAGCUGUUCCCGUACUCCUGACACACAAGGGAUCACUAAAGUGCUUAGGCAGCAGUUGUCCUUCUCUCCUGGAUACCUUGGAGCUUUCUUUUUGCCAAAGCUGGGAAGGCUUUGACAAAUGUUCAGCUGGGCCUACUCAGGGCCUUCUUGAUGUGAUGUUCUUCUGCUUUCCUGGCCACUCGGUCUGUGGGGAUGUAAUUUGCUCCGUGUUGUAGUGUCCUGAUGACACCCAGUUUAUGCUCCAAUGGAUGAUGAGAGUCAGACUGAUUACACUGAUCCAUGUGUGUUUACAGAACACAACACCUUCUCAAAAAAAUCCAAGGUGUUCUGGAUAUGGUGUUUAGAGCUGCCUGCUAACGGAUUGAGGAUUGAAGCCAGAAACUUUGACAUGUUAUAGGGGACCGAGUUGAUGAUACAGACAAUUGGUCUGUAUGUAAUUGGGGAGAUUUAAAGUUGAUACUUGCCCAUUAUAUUUAAAUGACUUUGAUAGUCUGCUGUAGGGGUAGACCCCACUAUUCCAUAAGAUAUCACUUCAUUUGGUGGAGUGCGCUGUUUAGUAUACAGGUCCGAAUUCUCCAGCAGGUAUUCACCCGAGUUGACAUCUGGUGACUAAAAAGCUGCAUAUCACCUUACAGCCACAUAUUUUUCCAGAUUCGUAGUCAACUGAGCUGUGCAUGGUUUCAGUCUUUAAAAGAGAUUACACAGCAUAUUACAUCAGGUAUUGCAAACUCACACAGAGCAUAAUACAUUCAGUCCUAGCACUGGUGACUUUUUAAUCCAUAUUUCACAGUGAAAUGCAGUUAGUCUGGUAAGAUUAAGCUUUAGAUUCUUCCCCUUCCCUGUCUUUCUCUUUCAUUUCUCCAAAUUGCUUUAGUGUCAUGACAGCAGAAACUAUAACCGCAUUUAUAUUUCCAUAUACUACAGCAGUAUUUUUAUGCUAUGCUUAACUCAGCACUUUUAACCCUUGACUAAAAAAACAAUCCCAAGGCCGAUGGCAACUAAACCUUGAGGUUCACGUUCUAUGUUUAGUUGUUAUGCUUCACGUAAACAUGUACAUUUCAGUGUAAAUAUGAACUGAAAUAUUUGUAAUUUUCUCACCCAAGUGCUAAAGGUUGAACACGCGAGGCAAACAUGCUCGAUCAAUUCAAAAUUGCAAAAUUAUUCAAUUAAAAAUCAUUCAACGUGUGGGGAUAGCAAAGUAGGACAGCCUCUGGGAUUAAACAUAAACUUGAAGGGGAACUUGGGAUCAGGUGUUUUCUGUCAGGAAUCAGCAGGGAGUGCGAACACUUUUAGUAUUCAACUCUUGAAGAUGUUUGACUUAUCAUUGUUGAUGCUUGGCAGCGUGGAAAAUGAGUUUUAAAAUGUACAAAAGGUCCUUGAAAGCGUUUGGAGUCCUUCUAGCCCCGGUCAAAAAACUGUGUGCAAAAUAGAGGAAAUUUAAGACCAUGAGCGCUUAAACAACGAAGGUCACUGGAAGAGUAAUAAUAGUCAUGGCAGCACUCCAACGAGGAAGAACAGGCUUUCAGAAAGAACUUCUUUUUAUUUUGGUUGAAAUUUACACAGAAGCAUGCCUGAAAAGUGUUGUAUAGACAGAAAAAACCAAAACAGAAAGAUGAAGAAAUAUUUUCACGAUAAAUCCGAAAGGGAUUAAAAAGCUUUUGAAGACAAAGUGCAGGGAAAUAUUUAAAUCUCAAGGCCAAGCCCUUAAAAGCAUUUUACCAUCCACGUGAGUUAAGGUCUUCUUGUUUUACUGUGGUGAUAUUUAGCUGUGUCCUACAGCGAAGUACUGUCUCUACAGAUACGACUAACCCUGCAAAUAGAGUUUUAACUAUAUUAAGUGUCCCAUUUCAAAUUCAAAUUCAAAUCAAAUUCAAAUUCAAAUUCUAUU